AGAGAUGCAAAGAUAUAUAGUAGCUAGUCGAAUAAAUGUUGCACUUGGUGCAGGUCAGGUCGCUGGAAGAGAAGAAGCAUUUGGAUUGGUUAAAAAUUGGAGAUGUAAUAAUCUCUCAGAUAACUUAGGUGUAGCUACUUUAACUGCUGUUCGAGGAAUAGGUGCUGGAAAUGGUG